AUGAGCAUCACCUUACAAGAUAUUGAGGUGAUGCUAGGGGUUCCUGUUGAUGGGUUGCCAAUUACUGGGGCUGUGAAGAUGGAGUGGCCUACGUUGUGUCUUGAGUUAUUGGGUCAUCGUCCACCAGACCCGAUACCGCAUCCCCAUGAGAACACCUUUAUCCUUGCUGGGGCGAGGCCCAGAUUCAUGUGGCUGGAUGCACUAUUUAGUGGUCCCCUAGCUGCGGAUGCUACUGAUGAGGUAGUGCAGCAACAUGCGCGCUAUCACAUACUCGAUCAGUUGGGGACGAUUUUGUUUAUGGAUAAGUCGGCAGACCGGGUGUCGGUGCUGCCUCUACAGUUCCUAAACCCAAUCAACAACGCGAAGAGGUACAGUUGGGGUAGUGGGGCAUUAGCCUGGUUGUACAGGCACUUAUGCAAGGCAUCGGAGUCGAAGGCGAAGCAGAUUGGAGGAGCAGUGAUGUUGGUGCAGCUGUGGGCGUAUUCGAGGUUCCCACUGAUAUGCCCUGUUAUGAGGUUGCCACUACCGCCAGUGGAGGCAGGUCCCUUUGCCAGUCGGUAUGUUAUUUAA